CUCAUGAUCUCCAGCGAGGGAUCACAUACAAACCAGAAAAAAAGAAAUAUGCAAAAGACGUAGAAUGGAACGAUGAGAAAAUUACAGUCGAAAGAGGGAAAUUUGUCUUCUCAGUCCUCGACAAGAUCAUGCAACUCUUGCCAACACAGAAGUGCGGAUCUGGAACCCCUCCUGACAAGAGGAAUGUCUCGUCAAGGCACCAACAUUUUGCCAAAAAUCUUGAAUAGCGCAGAUUCAAAGUGGAAACACUGGCGAAGAACCUACCAAUUCUUCAUUUGGGAAAAACACAAUACUCCUAUCCAUCAUACGAACUUUCUUAUCUAAUGAUACAUUGGUUUUUCUUUAGUUUCUUUUUCUUUGACUUCCUCUCCUGCUCCCAUCCUGUUUGGUCUUUUCUGGGGUGGUAUAGUACUAACAGCACGUCCGACCUCAAUUUAUUGCACAGCACAAAAGGGAAUCUCACGAGAUGGCCAGAAAGACUCCGCAAGACUAGUCAUGAGAGCAAAAGAGCCGAAUUCCAGACUCCGUUGACUGGCUCACUUGGAAAAAUCUAUUCGAACUUCUCUAUCCAUAUCGCCCUCCCAAUCCCGUGUGGCAGGCGGUAUCAAAGUAUCAAAAGCUACAGCCUAUUGUAUUAUGGAGACCCAGAACUGCGCUCAAGCGCGCAAUCUCCAGCCAACGAAAAGAACGAGCAAUAUGCCAAUCCAAGGCGGAUCUUGGUCAAGCAUACAAGAAGUAUAUGUUGCAGGUAAGGAGCAAGACGAGGACCACAAGUGAUAUUAUUGGAUUCAUCGAGCAGGCGACAUGAGGAUUGGAGAGAAUUUUUUGCCUUAUAGUCUUACCUCAUAUC